CCUGCAUGUCAAGUCUGAGGAAAUGGUGUGGGAACUGCAGCCAGGCGCCCUUUUUUUUUUAUUUUUUUUCUUUCUCUUCUUCUUGUUCUCUCUUCUCCCCUCGUGUAGCUGAGAGGAAGGAAAGGAAGAAAGAGAAGUAGUCAGCUCAAAUGUGCCUCGCUGCGCUGCCGGGGCRCGGGGGCUUGGCUGGAAGGAUCUAGUUUCCCUUCGGUGGCAGGAAAAGGAGCCACGGGAGGAGGCAGAGACGGACACCCAGACAUGCCCGUCCCGUCAGGCUGCUGGCUCCUUCUCCUGUGCCUCGCUGCCGCUGGCAAACAGUUGUCACUACAAAUCGCUCUGCCGUGUGAAAGCGAACAACACUAUGAGUACUCUGGACGGUGCUGCAGGAAGUGUGAGCCAGGGACAUAUUUGUCUGCUAGAUGCACAGAUACUUCAGACAGCGUGUGCCAGCCAUGUGGCCCAAAUGAGUAUAUGGAUAUCUGGAAUGAAGAAGAUAAAUGCUUACUACAUAAAAUAUGUGAUCAAGGGAAAGCCUUGAGAGAAGUGAACCCAGGGAACAGCACAUUCCAACGGCAGUGUGCUUGUACCAUGGGCUACCACUGGAAUGAGGACUGCGACUGCUGUCAGCGAAAUACCAUGUGUGCUCCUGGACUCGGAGUCAAGCAUCCUGUGCAACAAGACAAGGACACGAUGUGUAUACCAUGUCCCAGAGGCUACUUCUCAAAGGUCUCUUCAUCCACUGAUGAGUGUAAAUCCUGGACCAACUGUACAGCUCUAGGAAUGGAAGAAAUCGUGGCUGGGACUGACAARUCUGAUGCAGUUUGUAGAGAACGGAAGAUGCCUGAGCCAUCAGAAGAUGGCACCAACAAGAUCYUAUAUGUAUUGAUUGUCAUCUUGUUUUUUGUGACACUAAUUGGCAUUGUCGUCUUCAUCGUAUACUACAAGAAUAAGGGGAAAAAGUUGACAGCAGAUCUACAGAACUGGGCUAAUGAAGUGUGCAGCCAAAUAAAAGGAACUAAGGAACCCCCCAGAGAUGCAUUUGUUAGUGUGAACAUCAUGAGUGCUGCUGUCCCCCAGACCUCUGAAGACGCAGGUCUCCUGGGCCCCUCUGGUGCUCCUGUCCCUGUAAACUCAUGCUGCACCACUGGUCACACUCCUUGCAGGACUGGGAGCCCCAGCACUGAGCCCUGUGAGUCAGGAGACUUUCCUGUGGUAACCAAGACUGAUGAUUACCAGUUCCCACCUGUUCCCACAGAAGAUGAAUACAUGGAUAAGGAUCUCAAUAACACUGAUUAUUUACCAUUACUAAGUCGGGCUGCCAGUAAAACCGUGUCAUCAUUUUACGAACCGAUUGAGGCCGGGGAGAAYGACAGCUUGAACCAGUACUUUUCAGGUAUUGAGAGCACAGAGGACGUGUCAGUCUCUCAAGGCUUUCACCCUCCCUCCAGCACAGAUGGGGCACACAUUGCCAUGGACCAGCUUCUGCAGAAAUCUUGCCAACAUGCCAACAAUUGCCUGAAGGAAACAGGCAACAAAGACACAGAUCAUUUUGCAACAAACUGUGACUCAGAGAAGAUCUGUGUGAGGUGUGGCAUUUUGUACAGAGAAUCUCCCCAAAAGUGUAGCAAACCCUAUUGUGCUGCAGCUGACAGCACCUUCACCUCCCCAGAAACUGGUUCCUGUGCACAGUGCAACUGUGGUUUGAAUUUUCUCUCUGCUGGUCAGAGCACUCUAGCAAAUGAUCUUGGUAUGGAAGAUGCGUCUUCAGAUAGUACCAAUAUGAAGUACCAGAACACAAACAGAAGCACUUCAGGGACACAGAGAAGCMCUUCAGGGACAAACAGCAGCACUUCAGACCUCCCUCCAGCAUCUGGAAAUGUGACUGGAAACAGUAACUCCACCUUUAUUUCAAGUGGACAAGUAAUGAAUUUCAAGGGCGACAUCAUUGUUGUCUACCUUAGCCAAAACUCUCAGGAGGGGGCAACGACCUCGGGGCCGAGCGAGGAGAACGUGGGCAGCCCCGUGCAGGAGGAGAACCUCAGCCGCUGCGAGACUUUUGCCGGCAAUGCCCAGCACUACAAGGAGAAGUGUGCGGAGCUGCAGGGCACCCGUCCUGCCCCAGGGAGCGGGGGACCACGGUGGCCUGGUGGAGCCCUGGCCCAGGAGCGGGGCUCAUCCUGCGGUGAACAAGCCUCCCAGCCCGUGCAGGAGGAGGGGAAACUGGGACACUUCUCGGAGAAGGUGUUGAACUGAGGGGACAUAGUGUCCUCGCUGCGGGCCAGGGUGGCGGCAGGCAGCCACUGACGGYGUGAGGGGCUGCUGCCAUGCUGCCAAAAUCCCGGGUGUCACGACAGACUGGGAGACUGUUGCUGCCCCUGGUGUCUCCUGGGGAAUUUUACAGCUGGAAGGACCCUCAUGGCACACAYGUCGGUGGUGGCGGUGGUGCUCUAAAUAGAGGUGGCCAAUGGGGAUGGGCACACAAGUGAAGCCAGGCAUGCUGCCCUUGUUGCCAAAGCAGCAGCAGGGCUUUCUCCUCUCCCCCACAGGGCAAUGGGUUCUCUACCUGCCCCCCAUGCCCUGGCACCUCUCCCCAGCAAGUGGCAAAAGGGAGCUGAGAUCCAUCGGCCUGGGGACUCUGUGAGGAGGAGAGCAUUGCUGACUGGAUGUGCAGGAUGCUCCCAAAGAGGGGACAACAUGGCCAAGGCUUGGACUGAUAGGGGAUCCUGAGCUCUGCCUCAGGGUUUCCUUUUUGCACCUAAGCUCUACCCAUUUUGCUGGGUCUUGGAGGUGGAAGGAAGGCAUGGUGCUGCUGCCAGCCUUUCCCUGUGGUGGUCUGGCAGGUGACAUCAUCCUUUCCCAUCUUUCCCCAAGGAAGCAGGCACUCCAGUCUCAAACCAGCACCAGAGCCAAAGUCCUGGUCUGCCCCUUAUUGACUUGUGGGUAUAAAUAGGUGUGUGUAAUUCUGCCACAAGCGGAUGAUAACAGGCGAAAUACAGCUGAUACGCCUUAAAAGCAUAUCAGAUUAAUCUCGAGCAAAGAGCAUUUACAGUGACCCUGAUUCACCUCUGCCUUAUUGCCCUUCUCCAGAGGAGUUCAGACCUCUGGAAUUGAGUGAUGUGUGCCUGGUACACUGCUACAAGAAUAGCAUCACUAUAACUAUAGUUUGAGACAAAGAGCUGCUAGCAGGUGGAGGAAGGGUCUGUGACAACCAGCURUGGAUAUUUCCUGAGUUACAGAAGAGGGAGAGAUUACCCAAAGAUGGAGAAUUUGGUCAAGGUCAAACACUCGUUCUUUUACCUGCCCAAACAAUUUUGUCAUUCCCUCUGCUAUUUUUAUUAAUAAGCAGAGAUUUACUUACAUAGCAUGAAGCUGUUUCCAGAACUUGGCCUGUCUGAGCUGGAGUCAGAGUGUAGGCUCUGUCASACUGAGAGCUGAUGAGCAAUGGGACCAAAGAUUUGGCAUUACAAAACAGUAGUAGUUGUAUUUAGAAGGGAAUCUCGGGUAAUCAGUUUGCUUUGGUUCAUGUCUGAUAUCCUGCAGCCUUCUUCAGCAGCCACUGUGGAGAGAAAGUUGAAGGGAAUAGAGUCUCAAGGAACUCCCAAGAGAAAAAGAUAACAUUUUUUAUMAUUUCCUGACAAGGGAUAAUUUUCUGACAUUCUCCUGCACGUGUCAGUGCUGCAGGAAUGUAUCUGCAGCCAGAGCCUUCAGGAGAACUUCCCUGAUGGAAAAAGGCUCUGGUAGGGAGUGCUUCUCCCCAGGAAGGUUUAAAGCUGCGGGGUUCACUGCAUAGCUGCUCUGGUUGCAGUAGUACUGCGCUCUGGGGAAGARCACCUGUAAAGCUGACAAGGUGAUCAUGAUGUGUCAUGAUGAGCUUUUUAUGCAUAAAAUAAAAGGAUGGUCUUAGCCACCUUCACCUCUCAGGAGAAUAAUUCUGCAUUGUUUAUAUUUACUGGAAUGUAAAGUUCAGUGCAAAAGUGCAGGAUUUGCUCUUUGGUGACUGGCAAAAAGGCCAAAUGAAGAACCAGUCUCACUUUCUCCUCUCYGUGGCCUUCAAAAAACUAGAUCACCCUAGCCUAGACUCGGCCAGGCAGGURGAUUGUCCCACUCAGUGACGGCCCAAGCUACCUUUGUCUCUCUGAAGGUGUGUAACAGAGGCUCUCUUACCUGUGGUAUUCUUUUAUCUUUCCUGCUGGAUCUUGUACAACCUCUUUCUAGCCUCUUCUGGAGUAGUUCUGUAUUUUCUAGGCACUGGUAGAAUAGGGACAAGGAAGCAGAACCACCAUCUCUUCCAGGCAAGGUGCUGCAGAUACUGUUUCACUUCAUCUUUAUUUUUUCAAUUGCAUUUUCUGGAAAGCAUUCUCCAAGACAUCAGACCUGCUGGAAAAUCAUCCAACCAGCCCCUUCACAGGGCAGGCAGGACUGAAUUCUUGUGCUCUUUUCUGGAUAAAUUACCUGUCUGMAGGUCUGUCUUCUCCUUCUGCAGCUUCUUUCUUCCCUUGGUUUAUAUCUACCACCAGAGAGCAGRCUCAUAAUCCUGGUUUGAAGGGAGAUAAUGGGACUUUACGUGUCCUCAAUGAGGACACAUUUUUCACUCGUUGAAUUUCAGGUUCAUGCUGAGCARGGAUUGAAACUAGGAUAAUCAGCAAGCAUGAAGAAAGGAGUCCCAUAAGGGAAAUGUGAUGCACCAUGAUCCAGUUAUUUUUCUUCCUCCAGAACCUACCCCAAAGUGAAAAAACAGUAUCACAGCCAUUAGCAUACUGCACAUUCCCUGGGUCUCUCUGCCUGACUGCUUAGACAUGGAUCCCAAAGGGAAUUCUUAAUCCUCAUUAUUUCAUUUGUCAUCAGUUUGGAGCUGGGGGUGGUUUUUAGCAUCUGUUUGUACAACAGGGAUCUGUGCAUUGGGCACUAAUUUGGAGGCUUCUGGCUGCUAUUGUAAUACACAUAAUUAAUGAUAAUWAAAAUCUGAAAUAUCUAUUUGAGAAAAGGUGAAGGUUUUAUUUGAAUAAAUAGGGAAAUAAAAUACAUUAUUAUAUGCCCGUGCCUGUUUAAAAAAAGAAAAACUAAAAAAGAGCAAAAUGUGAAUAUAAUCCUGGUUAGGCUUUUGUAACAUUUUUUGUUGACUUGUUUUAACAAGAAAUGGUUCCCUUCCACAGUGUGUGCUGCAAUGCACACUCUGCACCUGCAGGGACCCAGGUAGGAGCUCUCACAAACCUCCUGUGAGGUGGUAAUGCUUUAGUGCUAAUAACUAGGCACUGAUUCCAGCUCAUUCCUGAAGUCUCCUCCUGCACAGCAUGCAUUUUUACAAGUCUUUUACUCUGAGGAGUCACAUGCAUUAUCCGUGGUGAAUAUACUAGGUGGUCUUGAAAGCCAGCCACUUCAGACCUGGCAGGACAGGAGUAAUUCUGCAUAUAGCCAUGGGAAAACAUGGGCACUGGAGCAGCCCUUCUUAUCCCCAUGGAACACCAUAUGUCAUUAAAGAUCAAUAUAGAUAAUAACUGCUGUUAAUCUGUGUACUUUGCUACAUGUUCAUGCAGAGACUGGAAAUUACUCUGCRGGCUUACAGCAUACCUGGGAGCAGCGCCACUAAAAUCUCAUUUCUACUUGACCAUUCAGGUUUCCUCCUUUUUAUCAUGUUGAUAGUAYCUGAACAAUUGCACCCCUGUGUCUGUCAUUAAACAGAACCUGGCUGAAAGAUGUCUGUGUUAAUCAGGUAUGUAAUAGGGCUCUCAUUUUAUCAUAAAGCUCCGUGCAAAUUAGGCAGCAGUGCCCCCUUAAAAAUAAUCUACCAUGACUGGAGAAUUCACUUCUGCAGCACCUUGGCAGAGCCCAGGAUGUACCCCUGGGUCCCAUUGUUCUCACUUUGAUAGUGUGGUUGCUUGGGUUUUUGUUCUGCCAGGAAUUCAGGUURGUUGUGGCCUCCAACAAUUGUGUUGUCUCUGCAGCAAGGACUGCUCCUGUCUUGCCUUCAGGCCCUUCAGCUGACUUGUCACAUUGUUCAACAUCURUUGUGUUGUAAAAUGUGAACAUUCAUGAACAUGAACUUCGGGGGAAAAUGCUUUAUUACAAUUCUCUCUGGCUUUUGAACAAGKCAAUGACAGCAUAAUAUUAACGAACCCUGUUGCAGUAGGUGAGGAAGCCACAGUAUCCAGUCAGAUGUGUUUGCACGCUGCUUUUUUAUUUCUUCUUCUUCUGGCUAGUUGGCUUAUGGUUUCUUUGUUUUGGCUGAGGAUUACCACAGCUCUUCUGGUUCAUUUCAUAGCCUGCCUGACCACUUGGUGGAUCCUUGGACAUCAUUGCACUGGUUUUUACUUGCAUCAAAGUUGACAGAUCUGUUCCAUCAUGUUUCUAUUGGCGGAAUCACAUUUCUGUACAAUAUAUGCAGAUGGCCAUACAUKAAAYUACUCCUGAUUGCAGCUUYACAGAAAACUGUUAGAAAGGUUUCYRAGGAGAGCAAAGGAGCUCAGGAGUGUUUGGGACCACCUGUACAAGUGGGACAUACACAAGUCAAUGGGACUUGUCAGAAUGCACCCAAGGCUGCUGGGAGGGCUUGCCAGCAUCAUUGCAGAGGCACACUGCAACAUCUUUGACAGGUCAUGGAGUUCAGGGGAAGUCCCAGCUGACUGGGAAAGGGCAAAUAUUACACCCAUCUACAAAAAGAGGAAAAAAAAAAAGAGAUUUGGGAAAUUACAGAUGAGUCAACCUCAUUUGAGUACCUUGGAAAURAUUACAGAGUGUGCCCAACUGGAAGCUGUUUUCAGGCAUGAAGAAGAAGAAGGCAACUGGGAGAAGCCAACACAUACCUCAGCUAACUCAGCCCUCUCUCACUGUCACCAGUUUGUUAUUUGCCUCAUCCCUAAUUCCACAGAGACUUGGGAGAAUKACUUUCCUCAGGAAGAUCAAGGCAAAGGAGGCAUAAAGGAAAAUCUUCAGGUGGCUGGCUGGGAUUUGUAGCUAACUGGCCAACCCCACUGAACAGUGGACCUAYUUUUUCCUUUUCCUGCUUGCUAACACACAAUAUGGGAUGUUAUUACUUUCUUGCUAUUCUUGACAACUUUUGCCAGCUCAGGCUAUGGCUGGUCUUUAACCUUUCCGUCUGCAUCUCUGCAUGCAUGAGCAGUGUUUCUAUAUUCUGCUUUGGAAGCCUGUUCCCUUUUCCAUCAUUCUCAUGUUCCUUUUUUUGCAUCUAGGUUCUUUCAGUAUCUCACAGUUUAACCAGGCUGGUUUCUUGCUGUGUCUGCUCCUUUUCUUGCUUAGGUGGAUGGACUGCUCUUGUGCUCGGAGAAUGCUUUCUCUGAAAGUCGCCCAACACUCCUAAACACCUUUGGCUUUCAGGGCAGAUUUCUGGGAUACCUCCUAACAGCUCCCUGAGCAAGAUGAAAUCUGCUCUUAUGAAGCUCUGAGGCCUUAUUCUGGUACUCACCUUCUUCACAUUCCUUAGGAUAAUCUUAUCAGCGCAGCCAAGGCUGCCACUGCCAGUCUUCAAUCAUUUGAAGAUGAUUUUGACUAUUUCCAUAUSAGGUACUCCAUAGCAGACACCUACUGCAAGCACUCCCUUGGUGGUAAUUCCUGCAAUUUUGAYCCAAAGGAACCCAGCUAUCUGUCCUCUUACCCAGGUCUUCAAAUCRCUCUUUUAUGUAGAGUAUAAUCCCUCUUUGUCUUCCACCUUUUGUGUCUUCCCUUAAC